AUCAUUUUGCAUGUAUGACUCUGAACCUAAAGUGCACCUGCAGCCACACUUCGUCGAGAGGCACCAGUUGAUAUUGGAAUUAAAUGUAACAAAUAUAAGCACGCCGGCCUGGUUUGACGCCGCACCAUAAGCCAACAUUGAUGGGAGGUGAGCUAAGCUGCGGAGAUCAGGCUUCCCUCAGAAAGCGCCCUUUCCUCCCGCAAGGUUUCGUUUCGGCUUUCCUGCCUCGGGGCAAAUGGCCCUAGUUUUCGGGUGCGAAAUUCCAAUCUGGGUCUAUCUAGCAGGCACAACGGAUCCACCCAACCCGUCUGGGGAGCUUUGCGGUCCGAGCAGCGUCGGGCGAGGGGCAAAGACAUCGUGAGAGUGCAGCGCGGGUCUUUGGGAGCGCCACCAGUCCCGCGGGCGGUUUGCCAAGGGGCGGAAUAAGGCAGCUACAGGGGCGAGAAAGACUCGCGGCCAAACUCCAGCAGCUUUCGGAGCGGCGCCUUUCGUUUUCGUUUUCCGGAAGGACAACUAGCACCGCCUGAACUGAAGGGAGGCUGGUGGGGAGUUGGCUAGGAUUCUGCGCGCACCCGGACGAUCCCGGCUCUGCCGUUUCCCCUCUCGCUUCCCCUUGUAAUGCAGGUUGAAGUGGCAGCUGGCUCUUUGACCCCUGUGGCCACAUCAGCUUUGCCCUUACCAUUGCACCCCACUUCGAAGACAUCAAUAAAGUCGCUCUAUGAUGGACAAAUCUGCACAUUGCCAGGCCGACUGAGGAUCCAACCCUUUCUAUGGAGCAAAGAUGAUGUGAUUCACUGGCUAAGAUGGGCUGAAAAAGAAUAUUCACUCAGGAAAUCCGUCGAUAGUAACUUUGAAAUGAAUGGAAAAGCCCUUUGUAUUCUAACCAAGGAAGAUUUCAAAUUUCGGGCUCCUAAUUCAGGAGAUGUAUUAUAUGAAUUACUCCAAUACAUAAAGACCCAGAGAAGAGCCCUUGUGUGUAGCCCUCUCUUUAACACUCCCUUUUGGGAUACAGACCAUAACCUGACCGAGAACACUGCAGAAGGUACCAAGUGCAACUUAGACAAUUUCCCAGCUAAGAUCCCUGCAUUGCCUUCAGACUAUCCAACAAUCUUCACUAGUCAUGCAGGCUAUUUGGACUCAUCUCAAUUUGCCACCAAGACAAUCUCUACUUCUGGGGUGAAACCUCUCGCUUAUAGCAACCCAGAGAUCAGCCAUGGUGGAAAUAUUUGCUCUUUCCCUGUAAAAUCUGCUGCUUCAGUCAAUGGUAAAAUAGCAGACUGUAGGUUACUUUUGGAUUACAUCUACCAGCUCCUCUCUGACAGCCAGUAUGAAUCAUUUAUCAAGUGGGAAGACAAAGAAACCAAGAUCUUUCGGGUUGUAGAUCCCAAUGGCCUUGCUGGACUCUGGGGUAAUCAAAAGAACCGAAGGAAUAUGACAUAUGAGAAGAUGUCAAGAGCUUUGAGGCAUUAUUAUAAACUCAACAUCAUCAAAAAGGAAACUGGACAGAAAUUGUUAUUCAGAUUCCUAAAAGUUCCUGGAGAAAUAAAACAGUACACAGCCAGUAAAUUGGAGUAGCUGAACAAUGAAGAGCAGAAAGAAGAGGACUCAAAAUUUUUACCAGAAAUCUCACUGUAGACAUUUGCCAUGUCAUAGUGGCAUCAAGAACUUGUAUUAAUCAGUAGGAAAAUAUUUGCCGUCUCUAUGAAGACAGAAAACAAAAAGGGCCUUGGGGAAUUGUGCAUUCUGUAAAUGAAAUUGCAAAGAAGUAAUCCAUUGGACUUCUGCUGUCAAACAUAACAGAAGCACUUGUACAAAACAAAAAGUUUAAAAACGGAAUCUGCAAAUCAGUUCUAGUUCCUCUGUCAAUCAUGUUGCUGUAGAAUUUCUUAGCUAUUCUCAAAGAUACCCUCCCACCUCUAUAAAAAUAUUUCAUGGGAAAUUAAGCAGUUUUUCAUCUGGGAAAAACAAAGUGUCUCAUAUAUUUGCAAUGAUCGUUGUUACAGAAUACUUUCAGAAUAACAGAGUUGGAAAGGACCUUCUGCUCCAACCGCCUGCUCAAGCAGGAGAAGUAUACCAUUCUGGACAAAUGGCUGUCUACUCUUUUCUUAAAAACCUCCACUCAUGGAGCACCCACAACCUCUGAAGCAAGCUGUUCCAGUGAUUUAUUGUUCUCACUGACAGGGAAAUUCUCCUUAAUGCUAGAUUGGAUCGCUCUUUGUUAAACCUUUUAUCUGUUACUUCUUGUCUUGCAUUCAGGUGCUUUGCAGAAUAGGUUGACCCCCUCGUCUCUGUGACAGCUCCUUGAAUAUUGAAAGACUGCUAUCAUGUCCUAACCCUACUCUUCAUUAGACUAGAUAUUCCAAAUUCUCUCAACCAUUCAUUUUAUGUUUUAACCUUCAGUCCCCUAAUUAUUUUUGUUGCUCUUUGCACUCUUUCUAGAGUCUGGCAUCUUUUUUGCACAGUGGUGACCAAAACUAGAUGCACUGUCUCACAAUAUAAAGUGGUAUUAGCACCUCAUAUUGCCACAGUUGAAACUUUGUGGACUAGUUGUAAGUCCUCCUCAUUUGGUGUUGUCGUACUUUUAAUCUAUUGCUGAAUUAGUGGUGAACUAUUUGUAUUGUGAAUGAAGUCACUGUGUCUGCUUCAACAAUUAGUCUGGCUGUAAUCUCUUAGAUGUAGGGCAUGACAUGGGUAUAUAAGAGUCUACUACGAGUGAAAAUAAAGGCAUUCUGAUUAUGCACCAAAAGCAUGAGUGAAUGAAGCCACUGUGUGCUUCAACAAUUACUGGUAUAUUAAAAUAAAUCUUGGCUUAUGUAAAUCCAGCUAAAGACUUGCUUGGCAAUAUUUAAUCGCUAUCCAAGUCAGCUAUGGGAUUAAUUUGACUCUGCUUACUUUUAAAAAUAGAAAUAAUUUUUUCCUUAGAAUUAAAAUGACCUGAAACUUACAAACCUAAGUGUUAAUUGUGUCCAGUAAGUUUUACUUGAUUCUUCCAGCAACCAUUUCCUGAUUGCUGGUUUUUCAUUUCGGUUUGUACCCUUGCUAGUAAAGGGAAGGAAAACCUGCAGCGAAAAACUUGAUUUGUAAAGGAGUAAACUUGAUUUGGAAAGUGUUAGCAUCUCAUUUCUCAGGCAGUCCUCUCAAGGUCACUGAAACAAGGUAAAUGAAUUCAUCGCUUAUAACAAGUUAUCAUUUGGUACUGCUUUCCACAGGGUAAAAGCUUGCCCAGUUUUCUUACAGAUAAUGUAGGCUGUUUUAUAAUCUCACUGAAUUGCUAAGUACUUUUAUAGAUAAAAAUAAAAGUAAUUAAUUAUA